AUGACACGUCACUCCAAAAAUUGCACAGCUAACACUGUAUACACUUAUCAUGAACGUCGUAAAGAUGCUAAGAAUUCAGGCUAUGGGACUCAGACCGUCAGAUUGGGGAAAGACUCCAUUCGGCCAUUCGAUUGUUGUUGUCUUACUCUUCAGCCGGCUAAAGAUCCCGUUAUUACUCAAGAUGGCUUCAUUUACGAUCGCGCUGCGAUAUUAGAGUAUAUAAUCUCUCAGAAGGCAGAUAUUAAGCGUCGGGAAAAAAUUUAUGCUAAGCAACUAGAUCGUGCUCAGCGUCAGGCCAUUGAAAAGAAGAAGGCAGAACGUGAUGAAAAAGCACGUGCUUUCAUGGCUCUUAAUACUCUUGACACUCAUUCUAAGGCUUCCGCUCAAGCUGCAGAAUCUGCUGCCCUUGCUAGCAUCUCCAAAGGAAAUGGCAGGCUAACCUCAUUGGAAAGUGACUACAAUCCAGGUACUGCUGCUAGUUUCUGGACAAAUAUCCCCAGUGCAGCUGAAUCUAAUAAUGAUGUGCCUGAUAUACCCAAACCCGAUACUACAAUACGUUGUCCAAUGAGUGGUAAACCCAUUCGAUACAAAGAUCUAGUCACAGUCAAAUUCACCAAUUUUGUACCGGAUGAUAAAGGCGCUAGUAGCAGUCGUUCUACAACAUUUAAUGAAAUUCGCCGUGUCUGUGCAGUUUCUAGUGAUCCCCUCACUAGCGCUACUCAUUGUUUUGUUCUUCGCCCUUCUGGUGCUGUUGUAACUCGUGAAGUGGUUGAGAAAAUCAUUAAAAAGGAUAUGGUUGAUCCGAUUUCCGGCAGUAAGCUUACAGAUGCAGAUCUUAUUCAAGUUCAAACUGGCUGUGGUGGAUUUGCCGAUGGAAGAUCCGUUUUAACUGCUACUCGUGUUGCUCCUGCGAAAAGUCUUUUCGAUGUUACGCGUGAGCAAUCUCCGAAAAUUUCCUUUGAAUCAAAUCAGUUGGAGAUCUUAGAGACUCCGAAUGACUUCUUUAAUACCAUUGAAAAUGGUUUAAAAACUGCCAAAAAUCGAGUUGUCUUGUCUACGCUCUACCUCGGUACUGGUGAACUUGAAGAACGUCUAGUUAAGGCGUUGAUUGAAAAUCCCAACAAGCCUUUGGUUAUUAUCUUAGCAGAUGCAACACGUUCAACGCGUCCCCUCAAAAUUACCGAAAAAUUUGUUGGGCAGGGAUCGAAGUCAUCUCCCUCUUCCCCUGUUGGGGAAAAUAGUUCUUCGCCAUUGUUUUUGCUUCAACGGAUUGCUAAUCUACCAAAUAGUCGAGUAUCCUUGUUUCAAACCCAUAAACUGCGAGGUUUCCUUUACAAAAUGCUACCAGAAAGAAUGAAUGAAAUACUUGGUCUUCAACAUAUGAAAGUGUACAUAUUUGACGAUGAUGUGAUAAUUAGCGGCGCAAACCUCAGCGAUGAAUACUUUACAACACGGCAAGAUCGUGCUUGGCUAUUCCGUGGAGUUUCAAAAUUGGCAGAAUUCUACACAGAUUUGAUUAAUAUCGUCUCAUCGCUCAGCUAUGUGGUUACUCCUGAGGGAGAAUUGAAAGCCAAUUCUAAGGAAACUGAACCCAUUUUGGCAAGUGGAAGUGCAUACUGCAGCCUCUUUCAAGCUAGAAUUGAGUGCUUUCUCUCCACAGCAAGAGGGAAAUAUUCUUCGAGUUCGGACACUGACUCGACAUCCUUCUCUAGUGUGAUACUUCCGCUGGUUCAGAUGGGCGCUUAUAAGAUUAAUCAAGAGUUCCCAUUUGUCAUGCGUAUUCUCCAGUAUCUUCGCCUGUGCGAUGAUAAUGAGUCGUCCUUGGAGAUCUCUCUGACUUCGGGCUACUUUUGUCCGACGGAUGAAUUUGAGGAGGCACUUAUUGCGAUUGCUCAGAAAUCAACUCACCCUACUCCGAAAAUAAAUGUGCUCUGUGCUGCUCCGGAGGUAAUAAUUUGUGCUCAGAAAUAA